AGCUCUUAUAUAUGAUCAACUUAAUUAUUAUAUACUUCAAUUCCUAGUUAUAUUAUAUUCAUUAUUCCCAUGGCUAUAUAUUCAUGAAUAAAUAAACAAAGAAAGAAAGAGUUUUGAGAUGGAAGUAAAUGUUGAUGAGGGAUUAAGUGAGCAAGAGAGUGACAAUGAGAAUGACAACGCAGGUGUAGGAAGGACAUACGAGUGCAGCUAUUGCAAAAGAGGCUUCACCAAUGCUCAAGCUUUAGGAGGUCACAUGAAUAUUCAUAGGAAAGAUAAAGCCAAAGCCAAACAACAACAACAACAACAACAACAACAACAACAACAACAACAACAACAACAAGGUUCAGUACCAAUGUUUAAGCCCGUUGCAACAAAUUUAUCAUCAUCCUAUCAUAGAUCGAUAGCUUCUUCUUCUUGUUUUGUGGCACAAAAGGGAUACUAUCCUUUCUCUAUUACUAACAACGCUACAAGAUUGAAUAAUAAUAAUAAUGGUUUUAUGAGUAACAAAUCAACAACAUGCCUUGGUUUGUUUGGUGGUAUGUACGAGGAUAAUCAUUCACAUUCUCAUUAUGGACCUGAUUUAACUUUGAGGAUCACCACAUCCAACAACCUUAUUGAUCAUCAUCACUAUCAAAUUACAGGCAAAGAGAACAACAACAACAACAACAACAACAACAACAACAACAACAACAACAAUGGCAACGACGGCAACAACAACAACAACAACAACAAUUGGAACAACACCAACAACGCCAACACCAACAAACAAGAGGAUUACGCUACUGACAUUGAUUUGGAGCUUCGUUUAGGGCCGGUAUGAUCCAUAAUAAUAAUGUUUACUUUAUAAUAUGUAAUAUAUAUAACCUCGAUCUAAUAUGUUUACUUAUAAAAGAACAUUAAGCUAGUGAUAUUAUAUUGUACUGUCCUGUUACGUUUAAUUUAGCUUAUAUUAUUACCUAAAUAUGCAUACGUAGUAGUAGGACGGAUCGGAUUAUUAUUCAAUUAUUGUAAUAAGGAUCGAUCGAAACACUAGCUAGCUAGUUAUAAUAUAUAAUAUAUAAUAUUUAUGUUCCUAGAUAAAUUAAUUGUAUUAAUUCUAUGUAUUUUGUAGUAAUUAA